AUGCGGGUACUCAUGUCCUCCUGUACUAACACUGUAUCCAUGCGGGUACUAAGUGUCCUCCGUACUAACACUGUAUCCAUGCGGAUUGGCUUUAUUGGCUCUAUUGGCUUUAUAUUGGCUCUAUAUUGGCUUUAUUGGCUCUAUUGGUUUUAUAUUGUCUUUAUUGGCUCUAUAUUGGCUCUAUUGGCUCAAUAUUGGCUUUAUUGGCUCCAUUGGCUUUAUAUUGGCUCUAUAUUGGCUCUAUUGCCUGUAUAUUGGCUCUAUUGGCUCUAUAUUGGCUUUAUUACUGGCUCUAUUGGCUUUAUAUUGGCUCUAUAUUGGCUUUAUUAUUCUAUAUUGGCUCUAUUGGCUCAAUAUUGGCUCUAUUGGUUCUAUAUUGGCUCUAUUGGCUCUAUUGGUUCCAUAUUGCUCUAUUGGCUCUAUUGGUUCUAUAUUGCCCUAUUGGCUCCUAUUGGUUCUAUAUUGGCUCUAUAUUGGCUCUAUUGGUUCUAUAUUGGCUCUAUUGCCCUAUUGGUCUCUAUAUUGGCCUCUAUUGGCUCUAUUGGCUCUAUAUUGGCUCUAUAUUGGCUCUAUUGGCUCUAUAUUGGCCCCAUUGGCUCUAUAUUGGCUCUAUAUUGGCUCUUUGGUUCUAUAUUGGCUCUAUUGGCUCUAUAUUGGUUCUAUAUUGGCUCUAUAUUGGCUCUAUUGGUUCUAUAUUGGCCUAUUGGCUCAUUGGCUUUAUUGGCCAGGCUUUACAUGCUCUAUUGGCUCAAUAUUGCCUAUUUAUAUGACUCUAUUGCCUAUAUUGGUUCUAUAUUGGCUCUAUUGGUUUAUAUUGACUCUAUUGGCUCUAUAUUGGUUCUAUAUUGCUCUAUUGGUCUCUAUAUUGGCCUCUAUUGGCUCUAUAUUGGUUCUAUAUUGCUCUAUAUUGGCUCUAUUGGUGUUAGAGACACUCAAUAUCACCUCUGUCCAUUCUUUUAUUCUCGCUAUGACUCUUAA